UGUUGUCGCGACUUUUCUGGGUUCUGCCCUACAGUGCAGCGUUAGUAAAACAAGUCCAAAGACAUCAAGGCAGACUAAGAACCGUUAACCCAUCUAUGUCCGCAGGCACAACCUGCCAACAACGAGCUAUGAGCUUACGAACAAUCUUCAAGUGGAGAAUCGACAGUCCAAUCAAGUGUGAUGAGCAACAACUUCAUCAAACUACUUCGAUUGAAGAACGUAUAGAAAAACGACGCAGUACUCCUUCAACAAGCUAUGUCCGUAGUCAAAGGCCAACUACGAAGGAAAAACCUCACACCAAACACAUCGAGUGCUCAUACCGUUAGCCGAUCAAGACAAAUUGAGCACAACAUCAACACUUCAGCUAAUCACAAUCAGCUAAGCGUUCACAGAUUUCAUCAGCGGAAUCAUUCUCUUUUUGGAAAUAUGUGGUCGUCCAUACGUCGUCCAGGUCAAUUUUCACGAAAAGGUAAUGUCGCUCCGAAAACAUCGGCUACAUCUGUAGCUGCAACAUCUGCAAUGCAAGCUGUACUCUCUGGGGCCGAUGGCUACAAAUCUUCUUACAGUAGCAUCACCAACGGGUUUGGUCGAAUAUCAAGAUGUGUAACUGAUGAUGCAAACGUCUCUGCACCUGAUAACAUUCCAUUGCAUCCCCUACUGUUGGAUGGUAGUAGCGGAAGACAGACUAGUCGAGUUUUUAAUUCAAACGAUCAUAAAAGAUGAAAAUUCAUGGAGAUGCAAUCAAAAGCAGCUUAGAGCGAUCAAAUCUACACCCAGUAGUCCACAGGAUAGACCAAAUGAUAAAGUGGAAAUAAUCGGUUCAGCAGAAAACCUAGUGGGAAUGGUAAGUAUACUACCUGGCUAC